AUGGAGAAAAAAUUUGGAGUUGAGAAUGCCUUAGAAGUUUUGGAUUUCCUUGAUAUUGACAAUGAUUGUAGUGAAUAUGAUUCCUCGUCUGAUCAUUUUGAAUCUGUAGAACCAGCCAUUAACAUACCCCUUUCUUACCAAAAUAAUAUCAAUGAAAUCUUACCAGCAGCUCAAAAUAUAUCUAAUGAUGAAUCUUUUGAAAUAACUUUGGACGAAACAUACGUAAUUCCCGACACUGAACUCAGUACAGCAAAUGUUAUAAUAGAUAACGAAAGUAAUAUCUCAACCAUAAUAGAUAGUGAUAAAAAUGCUAAAAUUCCCGAAACAGCAAAUGCUGAAUCCAGACCUUCUCGAAAACGGAAGAAAAACCAAGCAGAAUGGGCGAAAAAUGUACGAAAAAGGAGACGACAAUCAGGAAAAGAAUAUACGGACUCAAACGGAAACCUACAGCAAAAAAGAUCACUGAAAUAUGACACAAAUCAUACAUGUAGAUUCAAAUGCUGUGAACAUUUCUCAUAUGAUGGUUGUCUACAAAUCUACACGGAGUUUUGGACUCUUAACGACUCCCAGAAAAAGAUUUUCUAUAGCCAAACUACAAGUAAAGAACGUUAG